AUGGCCCUAAAGAGGAUACAGAAGGAACUGCAAGACAUCGGACGCGACCCACCUGCAUUAUGCUCUGCUGGACCCGUUGGGGAUGACUUGUUUCAUUGGCAGGCGACUAUCAUGGGACCGCCUGACAGCGCUUAUCAGGGUGGAGUGUUUUUCCUCACGAUACACUUUCCUACGGAUUACCCGUUCAAGCCUCCGAAAGUUGCUUUUACUACUCGCAUCUACCAUCCGAAUAUCAAUAGCAACGGCAGCAUCUGCUUAGACAUAUUGCGCAGCCAGUGGUCUCCAGCAUUGACGAUAUCUAAAGUUCUUCUAAGCAUCUGUUCUCUGCUCUGUGACCCAAAUCCCGACGACCCUUUGGUACCGGAAAUAGCUCGUAUUUACAAAACAGACCGGGAUCGUUACAACCAACUUGCCAGAGACUGGACACAGAAAUAUGCGAUGUAA